AAACUUGGUGCUAACAAACUGCUAGGUGACCCCUGACCAGUGAGCCCAACAAAGUUUGAAAAGAAAAUAGCUUUGACCUCACUCUUUCUUCUAUCUUUUAUUAAUCCGAAAACCCUCUCUUUUUCAUAGAAAGCUUCCUUUCUUUUUUUGGCUGAGACUUCGACGAACUGGCCGGAGAAGAAAGAGAACGUUUGAUUUGGUUUUAUAAAAGCCAAAACAACAAAAACAAUAAAGUGGGAGUAUUUAGUUAGAAUCAAUCAAUCAAGUCCAGAGAAAAUGAGCUGAAGGGUUGGGUUGGGACGACUCAUGAGUGGUGGGAAAUUGGGAUUUGAUCUUGAUUGGUGAUACAUAGAGUGCAAAUUUGGAAAUGGGUAGGCCACGGUCUUUUCGGAGCAAGGCAGUCCACUUUGUAUCUGAUCUCACCACUGUCUUGCUCAAUCCCAUUUCUGACAAACCCUCCAAAACCUCUUCUCCUCCUCCUCAUGCUGAAGAUGAGGAUGAGUCCAAAGGAAGUCAAAAUGAAUCAAGUAGUGAAGAGAGUCCCGUUAAUGUAGUUGAUGGGCCUGACACUUCUUCCUUUAGUGCAUUCCUCUACUCUCUAUUGUCAUCAGAGUCUGAAGAUACUAAUACAAAUGCAGAUGAGAAAAUUGAUAAUCAAAUGGAUAGGAAUAACCCAUCAUCUGAUUCUGCAAUCAAAGGAAAUGGUGGAAAGAGAAGUUUACUUUCUAAGGGGAAACAGUCACUUAGUAAAGUUAUCUAUCAAGCUGCGAGAUUUGGUGGAUAUCGGAGUCAAGAGCGCAAGGGUAACCCUGACAUGAAAGUUGAUGAUAGGAAUGACUUGGAAUUUACUGGAGUUGAGAUGAGGCAUAUGCAGAAAGCCGAAAAGCCUAUGGCUUUGGUUGAUCUCCCAGACAUCUCUGAACCUUCUUUACUUCUUACAGAAAUAACUAGAACUGCUCUUUAUGCUUCAAUGCCAGCGCUUGUUCAAGGACGGAAAUGGUUGUUACUGUAUAGUACAUGGAGGCAUGGCAUAUCAUUGUCAAGCCUAUACAGAAGAAGUAUGCUUUGUCCUGGCCCCAGUUUGCUGGUUGUUGGAGACCGUAAAGGUGCAGUUUUUGGUGGCUUGGUGGAGGCACCUCUAAGACCAACCAACAAGAAGUAUCAGGGAACAAAUGAUACAUUUGUUUUCACAACUACACCUGGAAAUCCUGUUAUAUUUCGCCCUACAGGUGCAAAUCGCUAUUUCACAUUGUGCUCCACUGACUUUUUGGCAAUUGGUGGUGGUGGUCAUUUUGCACUCUAUUUGGACAGUGAUCUAUUGAGUGGAUCAAGUUCAUUCUCGGAAACCUAUGGGAAUCCUUGUCUUGCGCACUCAGAAGACUUUGAGGUGAAAGAAGUUGAGCUGUGGGGCUUUGUAUAUGCUACUAAGUAUGAGGAAGUACUUGCUCUAAGCCGUACGGAGGCACCUGGGAUUUGCCGAUGGUGAAUGCUUUAUUUAUACCUCAUUUUUCUAGGGUGAUUAGCAUCAUCACCUUAGCGGAGGCUAAAUGUUGUAGCUGGAGCCGGAUGCCAACCUAGUUAACAACUGAUGACUAGUUUUUUGUAUAUGUGAACCAAUUUCCUAUUACGUUUGUAUAGAUAGGUCCCUCCAUGUACAUAAACAACACCUAAGCAUUGUACAACCUUUUUGAUUAGAUGGUGAUUGUAAAUACCAAAUACUGUACUGGUUGGUAAUAAAUCUGUACAAGAAGAUGCACUCUUGGAUCAUGUUUGCUUA